UAUACCUACUCUCAUGGAAGAAGGGCGUAGCUACGUCUCCCUCUGACGCGGAGGAAGGAUAAAGUCUGACGAAUCUUAUCUUUAUUGCUUCCGAGGUCUGCCUUGCUUGAUUGAGCACCAAAACUGGCGCACACACACUUGCUUCACGCGUCUGUCAAUUGUGUGCAGAAAUUGGUUAGCCCGAGUCUUAUAGUACAUAUUACUUUCACUUUAUUGAAUUAUUGCGAUAUAUAUUCCAUAAGGCCAUAGAAAAUGGUCUUCAAUUGAAAGGUGUUAAUUGCGACCAUUUUUUUUUUCUUUUAAUAGUGCACCAUUACGUUAAAAAAAUUGGUACUGAAAAAGAUUGCUCAUGUACACACAAAUAUAUGAAAUUGUGUGCUUUCCUAUCAGAAUUUAUGAUAGUUAGGACAAACAACAAUGGCAAGGAAAGCCAAGCCAAGUACUGUAAACUGCUAUAGUUGGGACAUGUCUUUUUUCUAUUUUAUAUGGACAACAAUGAUUCAACUGCGGGGUAUUGUCUUUAGCCGCAGUUUCAUUUGGUGCUAAGAUUAGGCACUAUCAAUGGGAGGUGGAGUACAAGUUCUGGUCGCCGGAUUGUGUAGAGAAUCCGGUGAUGGCUAUAAACGGGAAGUUCCCCGGGCCGACGAUCCGAGCCGUAGCCGGAGACACUAUUCAUGUGGAACUCACGAACAAACUCCACACUGAAGGUGUUGUCAUACACUGGCAUGGAAUCAGACAGUUUGGAACACCAUGGGCAGAUGGGACAGCUUCUAUUUCCCAGUGUGCUAUUAACCCUGGUGAAACAUUUAUUUACAGGUUCAAGGUUGAUAAGGCGGGAACAUAUUUUUACCAUGGACACUAUGGAAUGCAAAGAUCAGCUGGGUUGUACGGGUCUCUGAUUGUCGACGUGGCAGAAGGAGAGAAGCCGCCAUUCCACUAUGAUGGUGAGUUCAAUUUGUUAUUAAGCGAUUGGUGGCACCAGAGUGUUCAUGAGCAAGAGAUUGGUCUCUCCUCCAUCCCCUUCCGCUGGAUUGGUGAACCCCAGACCAUACUGAUGAAUGGAAGAGGACAGUAUAACUGCUCACUGGCUGCGCAUUUUAGCAGCAACUCCUCCCUCAGUAAGUGCACGUUAAGGGGAGGUGAACAGUGCGCACCACACAUUCUUCAUGCACUUCCAAACAAGAUAUACAGACUCAGAAUUGCCAGCACCACUGCCUUAGCUGCCCUCAACUUGGCCAUUGGAAAUCACAAAAUGGUGGUGGUGGAAGCUGAUGGAAACUAUCUCCAACCAUUUGAAGUUCAAGACUUGGACAUCUAUUCUGGUGAGAGCUAUUCAGUCCUUAUAACAACGAACCAAGACCCAACCCAGAACUACUGGGUCUCGGUUGGUGUUAGAGGAAGAGAACCCAAGACCCCUCAAGGCCUAACCCUACUGAACUACCUUCCAAACUCUGCUUCAAAACUCCCUCCCUCUGCCCCUCCUGUGACUCCAAGAUGGGAUGAUUAUGACCACAGCAAGGCAUUCUCUAACAAAAUAUUAGCCCUAAUGGGUUCCCCAAAACCACCCACAAAUUAUGACCACAGAAUCAUUUUACUCAAUACCCAGAACAGGAUCAAUGGGUACACUAAAUGGGCUAUAAACAAUGUUUCCUUGGCUGUGCCUGCUACUCCUUACUUGGGUUCAAUCAAAUAUGGUCUAAAACAUGCUUUUGACAGAAACCCACCACCAGAGAACUUCUCAAGCAACUAUGAUGUGAUGAAGCCACCAAUGAACCCAAACUCCACUCAUGGAAAUGGGGUUUACAUGCUGAAUCUGAACACAACAGUGGAUGUCAUACUGCAAAAUGCCAAUACAUUGACUGCCAACACUAGUGAAAUCCACCCAUGGCACUUACAUGGGCAUGAUUUCUGGGUCUUGGGUUAUGGAGAAGGAAAGUUCAGAGAUGGUGAUGAGAAGAAAUUCAAUCUGAAGAAUCCACCAUUGAGAAACACUGCAGUGAUAUUCCCUUUUGGUUGGACUGCUUUGAGGUUUGUGACUGAUAAUCCAGGAGUUUGGGCUUUCCAUUGCCACAUUGAGCCUCACUUGCAUAUGGGGAUGGGUGUUGUUUUUGCUGAAGGGGUGCAUAGAGUGGGGAAUAUUCCAAAUCAGGCUCUUGCUUGUGGUUUGACUGGGAAGAGGUUCAUGAAGAAUAAUUAAUUACUAUGGCUAAGAAUAAUUAAUUAGUGUUUUUAUGUUCGUCGGAGAAAUUUUGGUUUGUCAUUUAUGACUUUCCAUCGGAGAAUAAUUAAUUAGUAUGGUUUAAAAACUCGUAUGAUUUUUU